AAGAAAACAUUCAGCUGCUCUGAGUGUGGGAAAGCUUUCACUUAUAGUGGAACCCUGAAGAGACACAUGAUGACUCAUUCUGGAGAAAAACCUUUUAGCUGCUCAGUCUGUAAGAAAUCUUUUUCGCUGAGUGAAAAUUUUGAGUCACACAUGAUGACUCACACAGGAGAGAAGCCUUUUAGCUGCUCAGUUUGUAAGAAAUCUUUUACACAGAGAGGAAGUUUACGGACACACAUGAUAACUCACACAGGAGAAAAACCUUUCAGCUGCUCAGUCUGUAAGAAAUCUUUUACACAGAGAGGAAAUCUAAAGGCACACAUGAGAAUCCACACAGGAGAAAAACCUUUUAGCUGCUCUGAGUGUGGUAGAGCUUUCUCUGAUAGUGGAAACCUGAAGAACCACAUGAGAACUCACACAGGAGAGAAACCUUUCAGCUGCUCAGUUUGUGAUCAAAGAUUUGGCUGCAAGACAAAUCUGAAGACUCACAUGAGAAUCCACACAGGAGAGAAACCGUUUAUUUGCUCUGAGUGUGGGAAAAGAUUUAACGACAACUCAAGUCUGAGGAGACACAUGAGAACUCAUACAGGAGAGAAAGCUUUCAGCUGCUCAAUCUGUAAGAAGUCUUUUACACAGAGUGGAAGUUUAAAGAAACACAUGAGAACUCAUACAGGAGAAAAAGCUUUCAGCUGCUCAGUCUGUAAGAAAUCUUUUAGACUGAGUAGCCAUUUAAAUUAUCACAUGAAACAACAUACAGGAGAGGAACCAUCUACUUCCUGUGUUAGUGACAUCAGAAAGCAGCAGGAGUGGAGCUCCAGUGUGGACCAGGAGCAGCCAGAGAAUCUCAGCCAGGUUGGAGCUCUCUGAACCAUAGAAAUAAAAUGGAUAGAAAGGCCAUUUCCAUUCAGAUCAACGUAGCAUAAUGGUCAGAGUGGCAGCCAUUUUUAUGUGUACCAUUGCCAUGGUAACGUUUAAACUUCAGCACAAGCCGACUUCCAGCGAGUCGCGGAGCUGAGGCUAAAUGAGUCAAAUUAACUUUAUGCUUCAUCCACACAAAGCACACGCUAUCGCCACGAGUAACAGCUUUAUUCGGCUCGUUUUCUGUGAGCGAUGUGGUGAGUUGGUGACGUUAAGGCGGAGUUAGUAAGCUAAUGUUAGCCAAAUAACAAUUGUUCUCCGGCUGGCUGGUUCCGCCGUGCUGUCAUGCUGCAUCGGUUACAGAGAAUGAGCUGAACAGCGGGCUAGGUCCAAUGUCGGACUGGUAUCAAAAAACGGCCCUGGCAUUUGCAACACACCGUCCCAAUUUUCAAACCACACCAACCUCACCCAAACAUUGAGAUUAAAAGCUCCAAAAAACAUACAGAGAAUGCAAAAAUGUAGAACACACACUGAAAGGAAACGCAUUACUAUUGCUACAGUCGGUGACAUAUGCCAACAACAAUUUAACAUCUAAGAGCGUCGGCAGAUCUACGACAUGAUAUGCUGCACUAAAG